AUGUCGAUUUAUCUUUCUUCUCCCUGGGUCUCGCAGUCGUUCCUUGGCUGUGGCCCGAGUUUCCUGCCUAGCACUAUGGACUUGUAUGAAGAGGCACUGUAUGCCCAGGCCGUGCGCGAGCGUCAGCGCCGAGUAGCUAUGCAACGCGAAAUUGAGCUGCGCAAACAGCGACAAAUUGAGGCAAUGAUGCAGCGCAUGGCGAUAGAGUCGGCUAUGCGUGACUUUGCCGAGCGUGAAUAUCAGCGUGCCCAGCGCCAAGCGGCAUGGGAGCGCAAGCGCGCCGAGCGAGAACGGAAGGCCAAGGCUACGAAUGAUGGUCACGUAUACCUCCAGCUUGGUGAUGUACUGUUCCGCCUCAUGCCCCAGGCAUCUGGUGAAGACUCUGACGAAACGUGUGACAAUCUCGCGUCCCUGACUUCCGAUGUGCCCAAAGAACCCGUCGAGGCGAAAGUACCUACCUCCACCAUCGUACGAGCCACGUCUUCCACUGAACCGGCCGAGCCGAAGGCCGAGCAAGAUGUCAAGGAAACGGCCGAGGAGCCAGUGCAUGAGCCUGAAGCUGCGCCUGAACCAAAGCAAGCAUCUAAGGUUACUGCGCCCGAGCCUGAAGCUGUGCCUGAACCAAAGCAAGCAUCUGAGGCUACUGCGCCCGAGCCACAAGACCGCGUUUUGUUUACAUACGACUUCCCUGAUGCUGCCACCGCCUAUGGACGUGACGUUCGCAAGCACGUUAAAUCUGACAACCUACAUGUCGAGGCCAAUACGCCGAACGGCGGCAGCAUCAAGAUCAGUGGCUUGUGGUGCAAGACGGCGCCCUCGCCAUCAAGUCGUGCCAGCUCGCCUCGAUCCCCCCAUGUCCGGGAUGUCGAUGAAGACGGCAAUGAGAUCCUGCUGGCCGAAGAUACCGACUCGGAUUCGGAUACGGAGCAGGGCGUCUCCUUCACCGAAUCGGCUGUCAUUCCAUUACCAUCUUUGGACGAGCUGCGCAACAUGCGCGCAGAGCUUGAUGACUCUGGUUUUAAGCUAUGGACUACUGUGUAG